AAAUCUGCUCCUUAUUGAACGCCAUGUAUUUCGCUGUAACUAUAACCGUGAAAUUACAAUAAUUCACUUAAGUAAAUAAUUGUACCUUAUAUUCAACUUGAUUACCUCUUUCCUGUGUAUUUUUUCUCCAUAGGAUAAUAUGCGUCUUAAAUUAUUUAUUUGUUGCAUUCAUUUCAUUUGUGGUUCGGAGAUAAUCUGACUUCACACGUAAGGAUAUGUUGAAAGUGAGUUCGGAGAGCUGGGAUGAGUUUUCAAGGUAGUUAAAAUGAAAGAGAGUUGGGAGAUUUUCUUAGACUUCUUUGGACAGUACUACUCUCUCUUCCUUGUUUUCGUUGGUCAUUCUACGUUCUUCUUCGUUUGUCUGAACGCAGCAUGGCCUUCACCAGUCCUGCCAAAACUAAGCGAUACCAAGGACAAUCCCUUGGGGUACCCCAUAACACCAGACGAAAGCGAUCUGAUUGGUUCCCUGUUUUUCGUCGGAGCAUCCAUAGGACCCCUGCUAACCAUCGGAAUAGUAGAAAGAUUUGGAAGAAGAAAAAUUUUAACUUUCAUGUCUUUAAUAGUGCCCAUAGCUUACACCCUAUUAGCUUUCGGUGAAAAUGUUGAAUUGUAUUAUGUUUGCAGGGUGUUUUUGGGUCUUUACUCUGGCGCUGCUCUGAGCAUGGAGCCUGUGUACAUAUCUGAGGUGCUUCCCCCCAAACAAAGAGAAUUUUUAAUGUCGUUCGUAACAUUUUUUGGCUUUUCUGGUAUUCUCAUAACAUACAGCGUUGUGCCAUUCGUACCUCUGUCCUAUUUCAACGCAAGUAUCGCUGUUAUCUCAUCGAUUUUCAUCGUUCUACUUUCUUUCGGAUGCCCAAAAAGCCCGUAUUUUCUAAUUAAAACGGAGGGGUCGGAUAGUACUAGAUACUUAUUGAAAAAAUUGAGGAAUUCUAAUGAUGUAGAUGGAGAACUUGAAGACAUACAAGCGUCAGUGACUGAAAACGUGGAGAAAUCAGUUUUCAGCAUCUUCACAUCUAAGCAAAAUUGGAAAAUCGUGAUCUUGGCAACAGUUCCACUUCUGUUGCAACAGUUUUCAGGAAUGACAGUUGUGGUCACUUACAGCCAGUUGAUUUUCGAACAAACAAACGUUUCAAUCCCGUCGCAAUUCUGUUCGAUCAUUGUCGUGGGUUUGCAAGUGUCUACAGCGUUUUUAACGCCGGUGCUGUUGAAAUCCAACAGAAUAUCACGGAAUUCUCUGUUGAUGUUGUGUCUGACCGGUUUGGGGGCUUGUAAUUGCACCCUAGGUCUGUAUUUUUUGUUCGGCAAAGAUGUAGAAUGGCUGAACUGGUUACCCCUACUUGCUCUGGUAGCUUUUGUUCUGUUUUAUAACUGCGGUAUAGAUCCAAUACCUUGGAUGAUGCUUGGUGAGAUCUACCCGAACAAUUUGAGCUCUAUUGGCUCCGCCGUUUCUACCAGUGUGUUCCUAUUCUCAAUAUUUCCGAUUCUGUAUCUGUUUAAGAAGGUACACAUAGCUUAUUUGUUCCUUGGACCUGGUAUCUUAAGCUUUUUGGGUGUCCUCUAUGUUAAAUUCGUGCUUGGAAGAUAAUAUAAUUAAAGUAAUGACAAGA